GUGGGUAGGGGGGAAACGGGUUUCCUCUCGCCGGGGUGGGAAACGCCCGCGGGUCGAUGGGGGAAUCGAGCGGGUCGGUUUCGGUCGACGCGUUCUCCUUCGCCGGAAAGGAACAUAUCGUUAAAUUGAGCCGCGGCGCCGUCGCCGUCGCGGUUUUUGGUGACCCGGAGAAGCCCGCACUCGUAACCUACCCGGAUGUAGCUCUAAAUUAUGCUUCGUGCUUCCAAGGAUUGUUUUUGUGCCCCGAAACGGCGUCGUUGCUGCUCCACAACUUCUGCAUAUACCAUAUCAGUCCUCCGGGACACGAGUUAGGGGCAGCUUCGAUUCCCCCGGAAGUUCCCGUCCCUUCCGUUAAUGAUUUAGCGGAUCAAGUCGCAGAUGUUCUCGACUAUUUUGGGUUGGGGUCGGUAAUGUGCCUGGGGGUUAUGGCCGGUGCUUAUAUUCUCACACUUUUUUCUAUCAGACAUAGCUCCCGUGUUCUAGGAUUGAUAUUGGUUUCUCCUAUUUGCAGAGCUCCAUCUUGGACAGAAUGGUUUUAUAGCAAGGUAGUGUCCAAUUUGCUCUAUUUUUAUGGGAUGUGUGGUUUGAUCGAGGACUCGUUGCUGCAGCGCUACUUUAGUAAGGAAGUUCGCGGCGGCACAGAUGUUACUGAAUCAGAUAUCGUACGAGCCUGUAGGAGUUUGCUCGUAGAGAGGCAAAGCACGAAUAUUUGGCGGUUUCUUCAAUCGAUUAAUGGGAGAUACGACAUUUCGGAAGGAUUAAGGAGAUUAAGGUGCCGGACAUUAAUAUUUGUGGGCGACAGCUCUCUGUACUAUUCUGAUGCCCUCCACAUGGCUUCCAAGUUGGACAGAAGAUACAGUGCCUUGGUUGAGGUCCAGGCAUGCGGAUCGCUUGUUACAGAGGAGCAACCGCAUGCGAUGCUGAUACCCAUGGAGUACUUUUUCAUGGGAUACGGACUGUACCGGCCAAGCCAACUCAGCGGCAGCCCCCGCAGCCCGCUCAGCCCCCCGCGCAUCAGUCCUGAACUUCUAUCACCUGAGAGCAUGGGCAUCAAGUUAAAACCCAUAAAGACGAGGGCCUCGCUGCAAGUUUGAUCUUGAUUUGGCACAGGCAUCGGCGACAACGCUUCUGUGGGGAAACAAAAAAGGUAAAAGAAAAGAAACAGAUUUAGGAAGAGUAAAGAGGAUUGUAAAGAGCAAAGAGCAUUCUAUUCCAUUCAUCUGUUACUAUCUAGCCUUGUAAAUCCUCAUUAUUUAGUGAGACCCAAUAAAAAUAAUGAUGAUUAACAUUAAGACGUGGAUGCUAUCAUAAAUUAUUAAGCAUUCUACUUUUUGGCUUUACAUCCAUGACAAGCAUCCAAGCCACCAUGUACUUUAUUAUGCCUUUCAACUUCCCAAAGGAAUGUAUAGCUAAUUAUUUUUGGGUAUGUGGGUGGCUGUGGUUUCUUUCUUUGUCAUAAAAAUUAUAUUCUCAUCAUGAUUUGUGUGAGAUUCUUUGCUUCACUGGCACAAUUGUGGAAUCCUCACUCACUACUGAUCUUAUCUGUGAAGAGCCAAUUUGUGCUUCCUUAAAAUGGCCUCUCAGAUGAUUGUAAUUGAGAUGUGUAGAAUAAUAAUAUGACAGGGAUUUGUUGGCUCCC